GGGGGGGUAGGCGAGGCGCGUGCGCGCUGGAGGCUCGUCCCGACCCGAGCAGGAGGAGACAAAAGAUCCGGAAUGUCGAGCCACAAGGUGGGAAAGCUCGUGGCGAGGACGUGUGCCCUCUUCCUCUGUGACAUGCAGGAGAAAUUCCGCCAGAGCGUGGUGUAUUUCCCACAGAUAGUCUCUGUGGCUGCCAGGAUGCUCGAGGGUGCCAGAGCCCUGGAAAUCCCCACCAUCGUCACGGAACAGUACCCUCAGGGGCUGGGACCCACUGUUCCGGAGCUUGGAGCCCAAGACCUAAGGAAAAUCAGCAAGACCUGCUUUAGUAUGCUGUGUCCUGAGGUGGAGAGAGAGCUUGAUGCCCUGCCAGGGCUACAGUCUGUCCUGCUGUGUGGCAUCGAGACGCAGGCCUGUAUAAUGAGCACAGCGUUGGACCUUCUUGAGAAAGGCCUCGAUGUCCAUGUGAUUGCAGAUGCCUGCUCCUCACGUAGCCAAGUAGACAGACUCCUGGCGCUUUCCAGAAUGCGGCAGAGUGGGGCAUUCAUCACCACAAGCGAGGCAGCUCUCCUACAGCUCCUGUCCGGUGCAAAGCACCCAAAGUUCCGAGAGGUUCAGAAAAUUAUUAUGGAACCAGCCCCUGACAGUAAUCUCAUUGGGCUCUUCAGAGACGGAGUGAUGCCUUUUGGAUGAGUUCUCCCCCACCCUGUCCCAUCCCUCCCUCAGCCCACUCUCCCCACCC